AUAAGUUUGUAUCUCGACAGGACACUUCUUAAGCGGUACAAAAGUCUCAUGAACUUGAAAAUAUGGUCUUCAGUAUUUUUAAAAUUAAAAAAAUCAGAUUUUAAAUAACUGCAUUAUUGAUGAAAAAAGGGGUGAACAUGCUUAAUGGACCACUCUGUAUGAUUACUUUUAGAGUUAUUCGAUUCACAAAAGAAAUCAAUCUAUUGAUUAUUUGAUACAUGUAAUAUGUCUAUGAAAUUGAAGGUGUUAAUUUUGUUUUCGAUUGGUGCAGUACAAGUUACUCGUUCGGCAAUUAUGGCACAAGAUCCUACGGUAUCAAGUUUGUUGUUAUUUGAUUUUCAAAAUGCGACCAAUUUAAAUAACUGGACAGAACAAUCUGACACUGUGAGAUCAGCAGGAAUGUCAAAAGCAACAUUCGAUUUAUACAAAACUCAAACUAAACAGUCUGCAAUCUUAUUCACAUUGCUAAAUCCACUACCAAACGGUGCAUGUUUCAGUGGCGUCCGUACAUUAACACAAUUGAACCUUGAUGGAUAUGAAUAUAUAUCAUUUGUAUGCAAAACCACGGGAAAUGCCACUACAUAUAAGAUUAUUCUAAGGCACAAUAAUUUGAAUGACGAGCCAAACCCAACUUUUGAACAAAAAUUUAAGGUGAACCCCGAUUCAGAUACCACAGUAAAACUGCCAAUUUCACAAUUCAACCCCUAUUAUAGGGGUAAAAUAAUAAUAGAUGGGCCUACACUAAAUGUGAAAAAUAUUACUAACUUUGGUAUUCAAGUAGCUGGAGGUGUUUAUGAAAAUUUUAAACAGUCAGGCUUAUCGUCAUUAGUGGUGGAUCAAAUAUGGGCAGAGCCCUACGGAGAUGCAAACUGAACCAUUUUAUGUCAUCAACUAUACAAUACGAAUAUCUGUCAACCAUUAUAUUCAUUAGACAUUAUCUAAAUUCUAAAUAAUUAUCUACAAGUGUACGAUUACAACAUAUUGUAAAUGCUACUUACUCAAGCUUAAGUCAACUACUUAAUUAAAAUAACUAAAUCUAUCGUCAUAAAUACCAAAUUAAUUUCUUACAACAAAAUAUUGUAAUGUAAUUAAUAACCUAUUCAUAAUAUAUAAUAUUGUAUCGUUAUUUAUUUUCUACCUUCAUACAUUUUGUUUUGUAACGUGAGAGGUAUGGAGCUGACAUUACAUUAUUUUGUUAAAGUUGUUAGUUUUAUAAAAAUGAUUUAUUAAUUUUAUAUUAAUUUUUAUCUCGGUCCAUAUUAUAUCUACAUAGUAGUUACCGUCGCCAUCAAACUCGACGACCAACGAUCGAAUAAUUAAUGAUAAUAAUUAUAUUGAAAUGUAUUUUUAUAUUAGGUAGUUUAACAUAAUGUAUACGAAUAACUUUUACAGUAUUUAACUUGCAAUACUUCUGUAUAUUUAUAAUACAAACCAAAAAGUUUAAUAUUUGUUUUAUGUUAUACAUAGUAAUAUUUUAUGUAGCACAUAUUGUUUACAUAAUAUGUAUACAUAUUGUAUAGACAACAAGAAAAGUACUAUAAUUUGUAAAUAUAAUUAAAUAUUGUUAAUUAUUUUAUAGAUAAUCUUUGAGUUUUAAUUGUGACAGCAACUCAAUAGAUGACGUAUAUGUACCUAGACAAAAAUAAAUAAUUUAUAUACAACUA